AUGAGUUGGGGCACCCUGCCUUUUCACUUGCUGGACAUGGUGGAGAAAGUUGGCACUGGCAUGGGCAGGUUUGAUGGCCUGGACAUGAUUAAAUCUGUGCGUUGUGUGAAUCGGCACUGGUGCGCGUGGGCCACAGAGGCAACGCGAUCUGUUGCCCCAAGGCUAGGCGGGCUGCAGAUGGACCAGAGGAUGACAGCAAUCAUGCAGAAGUUCCCGAACGUUCAGUCUGUGGAUUUGAGAUGGUGUUGGAGAAGGGCCACUGACUGUGCCCUGGCCUGUGUGGCAACAAUGCCAAAACUGACUUGUCUCGAGUGCUAUGAGGCCAAAAUCACGAACGAUGGAUUGAAGCUCCUGGGGGUUUUAGCUAACCUCAGGGUGCUUGCACUGGAUGGAUGCCACAAAAUCACAGAUGAGGGACUGCAGCACGUGGGCAGCAUUUGGUCUCUGACAAGUCUGAGUUUGAAAGGCUGCUGGGGUGUUACUGAUGCAGGCUUGGUUCACUUGACUGUAUUGAGAUGCCUAAGGGAGCUUGGUUUGCGCUGCUGCACACAGGUUAGGGAUGAGGGGCUGUGGCAGUUGGGAAAGAUUUGUAGCCUCACAAAAUUGAACGUCACUCACUGCAGCUCUUUCACAGAUGAAGGGGUGAGGGCGUUGAGGAGCCUGACGAACCUUUGCAGCCUCAGCCUAUCCUCGUCUGCGUUCACAGAUGAGGGCAUGGGGUAUUUGGCAGAGCUGGGCAGCCUGGAGGUGCUGGACUUAAGCUUCUGUGGGGAGGUCAGCAAUAGUGGGAUGGGGCGCCUUGCAAAGUUGUGCGGACUCAAGUGCCUGAACAUUACAGGGUGUGGCAUGAUCACAGGUGGUGGUUUGCAUAUUUUGAGGAAGCUCACUGUCCUUACAAGACUCACCUUGUCUUUCUGUGGAGCGAUCACAGACAUGGAGUUGGCUGGGGGGUUGGCGAGCUUGAAGCAUUUAGCUGAGUUGAACUUGUCAGGCUGCAUCCAUAUCACAGACGACUGCUUGAGAGGCAUGCAUGCAUUGAGCAGCUUGAAGGCUGUGGACGUCAGUUGGUGUUGUGUUACAGAUGAAGGUUUGGCCUGCUUAGGGCAAGUGAGCUCGCUGACCAGUCUAUUGGCGAAUAACGUGUCCCACAUAUCAGACGGUGGCCUGCAGCAUGUGGGUACGCUGCGCUGCUUGAGGCUACUAGGGGUGUCAAAUUGCCGUCAAAUCACCAAGCAAGGCCUCAAGCACCUGGAGGAGUUGGGCAGCCUCACAGACAUAGAUGUCAGCUGUUGUGACAAGAUCACUGAUGAAUCUCUGUGCUACCUCGGCGGCCUUGAAGCUCUGACCAGUCUCAAAUUGUCGCGGUGCAAUAGGGUGACGGAGAACGGUCUCGAGCACUUGGCAGGGUUGAGGGCCUUGACAGACCUCGAUUUGUCGGACUGCUCCAGGAUUGAUGUCACUGGUUUGCGACACCUGGAGAAUCUGACGGCUCUUAGAAAGCUGAACUUGCACGGCUGCAGGGGUGUCACAGAUCAGGGGAUGAAGUGGUUAAGUGGCCUGACAGCACUAACGAGUCUGGUGCUGUCUCUGUGCACAAUAACACAUGAAGGAGUCGGACAGCUGUCGGGCUUGAGUCGCCUAAGGUACCUGGAACUCGUUGGCUGCGAGAGGAGCACAAGGAACGAAGUGAGUUCCUUGCAGGCAAUACCAAACCUCACAGUGUCUUCGUCUUUUCAAGACUGA